CUUCCUCCAAAUAGCCAUGACAAACUCGAGUGCGAUCCGGCCCGCGAUGGGCGCUGUUUGCCGGAUAUCAUCGAUAUCAUCCACAACAGCAGCAAUGGCCGCGAUGCCAUUGAGGGCUGGUAGACAAGCUACAACAGGGGCAUGCCAAUCCAUUGGCGUCAACAAGCAGCAGACCGCCUCUCUCUCAACAACGGCCGCUCUUUGGAAGCGGCACGUUUACAAGGGCGCGCGAGACAACGCGGACCACAGCAAGAACCGCGGCGAGUCGGCCCUCCGCAGGACGGGCACACGCUGGCGGCUGUCCAUGUCAGACGAGCCGCUCCCCAAGCCCGUACCGCGCGACCAGCUCCCGCCAAUCGAGACGGACCCGAACCACGGCCUCUGGGAGUUUUUUGCGAACCGCAAGACGGUGGCCAACCCGCCCACCGAGGACGCCAAGCACGGGCGCUCGUGGACGGUGGAGGAGCUGCGCCACAAGUCGUGGGAUGACCUGCACCGCUUAUGGUGGGUGUGCGUCAAGGAGCGCAACAGGAUCGCCACCGCCAACUGGGAGAGGAACAAAAGCAAGCUCGGCUUCGGCGAGUCGGAGGCGCGGGAGAGGGACAUGAUGGUCCGGGGUACGAUGAAAGCCAUCAAACACGUCCUGACAGAACGGUACUAUGCGUGGGAGGAUGCGGUGAAGCUGGCCGAGAAGGACCCGGAAGUGAACCUCUCCGGCGACGGCCCUACCUUUACCCCACGCGAAUUCUUUGAGGAGGACCAAGAGGCUGCGGCGCUGGAGGAGCCGGCCGUCAGCCCUAUGGGGGAAGCUGUAGAGCAGACGGAACCAGGCACAGGUGCAACCCUUGAUCCGGCGACGAUACCCUCAUCCAAGCCCCAGAGCGAGGCCCCGAGGAUAUGAUGAAUCAAACGCCAACUCCCGCAACCAGCUGGCUCAAGCAUCAAAUUCUGACGGACGACGUGGAUGGAUACCCGUUUGCUAUAUCUCGACUACUGCUCCAUCGCAUUGACCUUGACGGCUAUGGGCAUACUCCUGUACUGAUAGUGUAUUGAGCAUUGUUUGGGCAUCCGAUGUAGGUAUGUAUGUAUAUAUAUGCAUGGAACCUAACCAUGCAUGUUGUACUCUGUAACAAAACAACGCUUGCCUGUCUCAGCCAAGCUUUGCCGUUCAAAGAGGGCAAAUCGUCGAGCGCAAUGUCGAGCAUUAUGAGCCAUGAAUGAGCCGAGACCAGCCCCAGACCGCCUGUCC